GGAGAAGCCCGCCUGGACCGGGACAAAAGCCGGAUCCCGGGCGGCUGCAGGCGGCUGGAGCGCUCCGGGUAGUGGGGGUGAGUCGGUCCCUGUAGAGGGAGCGCCGCGCACCGACUUUCGCAGAGAGGUGGAGCAGGUCCCUCUGCAGCCAUGUCAGCCAAGGCGAUUUCAGAGCAGACGGGCAAAGAACUCCUGUACAAGUACAUCUGUACCACCUCUGCCAUCCAGAACCGCUUCAAGUAUGCCCGGGUCACCCCUGACACAGACUGGGACCACCUGCUGCAGGACCACCCCUGGCUGCUCAGCCAGAGCUUGGUAGUCAAGCCAGACCAGCUGAUCAAACGGCGAGGAAAGCUUGGCCUGGUUGGGGUCAACCUCACGCUGGAUGGAGUCAAGUCCUGGCUGAAGCCACGGCUAGGACAGGAGGCCACGGUGGGCAAGGCCACAGGCUUCCUGAAGAACUUUCUGAUCGAACCCUUUGUCCCCCACAGUCAGGCGGAGGAGUUCUAUGUCUGCAUCUAUGCGACCCGCGAAGGGGACCACGUCCUGUUCCACCACGAGGGCGGGGUGGAUGUGGGCGAUGUGGACGCCAAAGCCCAGAAGCUGCUUGUGGGCGUGGACGAGAAGCUGAGUCCUGAGGAUAUCCAGAGACACCUGUUGGUGCACGCCCCUGCAGACAAGAAAGAAAUUCUCGCCAGUUUUAUCUCCGGCCUCUUCAACUUCUAUGAGGACCUGUACUUCACCUACCUCGAGAUCAACCCCCUUGUCGUGACCAAAGAUGGCGUCUACAUCCUUGACUUGGCAGCCAAGGUGGAUGCCACUGCCGACUACAUCUGCAAAGUGAAAUGGGGCGACAUCGAGUUCCCACCCCCCUUCGGGCGGGAGGCCUAUCCGGAGGAAGCCUACAUUGCAGACCUGGAUGCCAAAAGUGGGGCGAGCCUGAAGCUGACCUUGCUAAACCCCAAGGGGAGGAUCUGGACCAUGGUGGCAGGGGGUGGCGCCUCCGUCGUGUACAGUGAUACCAUCUGCGAUCUCGGGGGUGUCAAUGAGCUGGCCAACUACGGGGAGUACUCGGGCGCCCCCAGCGAGCAGCAGACCUACGACUACGCCAAGACCAUCCUGUCCCUCAUGACCCGCGAGAAACACCCAGAGGGCAAGAUCCUCAUCAUUGGAGGCAGCAUUGCAAACUUCACCAAUGUGGCUGCCACGUUCAAGGGUAUCGUGAGAGCCAUCCGGGAUUACCAGGGGCCCCUGAAGGAGCACGAGGUCACGAUCUUUGUCCGAAGAGGCGGCCCCAACUAUCAGGAGGGCUUACGGGUGAUGGGAGAAGUGGGGAAGACCACCGGGAUCCCCAUCCAUGUCUUCGGCACGGAAACCCACAUGACGGCCAUUGUGGGCAUGGCUCUGGGCCACCGGCCCAUCCCCAAUCAGCCUCCCACGGCGGCCCACACUGCGAACUUCCUCCUCAAUGCCAGCGGGAGCACGUCGACCCCAGCCCCCAGCAGGACUGCAUCUUUUUCUGAAUCCAGGGCUGACGACGUGGCACCCGCCAAGAAGGCCAAGCCUGCCAUGCCACAAGAUUCAGUCCCAAGUCCAAGACCCCUGCAAGGAAAGAGCACCACCCUCUUCAGCCGCCACACCAAAGCCAUCGUGUGGGGCAUGCAGACCCGGGCUGUGCAAGGCAUGCUGGACUUCGACUAUGUCUGCUCCCGAGACGAGCCCUCCGUGGCUGCCAUGGUCUACCCCUUCACUGGGGACCACAAGCAGAAGUUUUACUGGGGACACAAGGAGAUCCUGAUCCCUGUCUUCAAGAACAUGGCUGAUGCCAUGAAGAAGCACCCAGAAGUGGAUGUGCUCAUCAACUUUGCCUCUCUCCGCUCCGCCUACGACAGCACCAUGGAGACCAUGAAUUAUGCACAGAUACGCACCAUCGCCAUCAUAGCCGAAGGCAUCCCCGAAGCCCUCACCAGGAAGCUGAUCAAGAGGGCAAACCAGAAGGGAGUGACCAUCAUCGGACCUGCCACUGUUGGCGGCAUCAAGCCUGGGUGCUUCAAGAUCGGGAACACGGGUGGGAUGCUGGACAACAUCCUGGCCUCCAAGCUCUACCGCCCCGGGAGCGUGGCCUACGUGUCCCGGUCCGGAGGCAUGUCCAACGAGCUCAACAACAUCAUCUCGCGCACCACGGACGGCGUCUACGAGGGCGUGGCCAUUGGUGGGGACAGGUACCCCGGCUCAACAUUCAUGGAUCACGUGUUACGUUACCAGGACACACCAGGGGUCAAAAUGAUCGUGGUUCUUGGCGAGAUCGGGGGCACCGAGGAGUACAAGAUCUGCCGGGGCAUCAAGGAGGGCCGCAUCAACAAGCCUGUGGUCUGCUGGUGCAUCGGGACCUGUGCCACCAUGUUCUCCUCCGAGGUCCAGUUCGGCCACGCCGGUGCCUGUGCUAAUCAGGCUUCUGAAACUGCAGUCGCCAAGAACCAGGCCUUGAAGGAAGCAGGGGUGUUUGUGCCCCGGAGCUUCGACGAGCUUGGUGAAAUCAUCCAGUCUGUGUAUGAAGAUCUUGUGGCCAAAGGGGUCAUUGUGCCUGCACAGGAGGUGCCACCCCCAACGGUGCCCAUGGACUAUUCCUGGGCCAGGGAACUGGGUCUGAUCCGCAAACCUGCCUCGUUCAUGACCAGCAUCUGCGACGAGCGGGGACAGGAGCUCAUCUACGCGGGCAUGCCCAUCACCGAGGUCUUCAAGGAGGAGAUGGGCAUCGGCGGGGUCCUCGGCCUCCUCUGGUUCCAGAGAAGGUUGCCCAAAUACGCGUGCCAGUUCAUUGAGAUGUGCCUGAUGGUGACCGCCGAUCAUGGGCCCGCCGUCUCUGGGGCUCACAACACCAUCAUCUGUGCUCGGGCUGGGAAGGACCUGGUCUCCAGCCUCACCUCGGGGCUGCUCACCAUCGGGGAUCGGUUUGGGGGUGCCUUGGAUGCGGCAGCCAAGAUGUUCAGUAAGGCCUUUGACAGUGGCAUCAUCCCCAUGGAGUUUGUGAACAAGAUGAAGAAGGAAGGGAAGCUGAUCAUGGGCAUCGGGCACCGAGUGAAAUCCAUCAACAACCCGGACAUGCGCGUUCAGAUCCUCAAGGACUACACCAGGCAGCACUUCCCUGCCACCCCGCUGCUCGAUUACGCCCUGGAGGUGGAGAAGAUCACCACCUCGAAGAAACCAAAUCUUAUCCUGAAUGUAGAUGGCUUCAUCGGAGUUGCCUUUGUAGACAUGCUCAGGAACUGUGGGUCCUUUACUCGGGAGGAGGCUGACGAAUACAUCGACAUCGGGGCCCUCAAUGGCAUCUUCGUGCUGGGAAGGAGCAUGGGUUUUAUCGGGCAUUACCUUGACCAGAAGAGGCUGAAGCAGGGGCUGUAUCGUCACCCCUGGGAUGAUAUCUCCUAUGUUCUCCCGGAGCACAUGAGCAUGUAGCCGAGCCAGGAACCCGACUGCAGUGGAGUGAAGACGGGCACUCCUCCUUGGGAAACCGCGCGGACAGCCGGCAGCCGAGCCUGCUCCGGGACGGGGCUGGGACAGGGACAGCCGCUGGUGUACACACUGAAGACCAACCCCCUUGGGCUGACAGCCAUUGGGACCACACAAAGAAGCUUAACUAUUUUUUUUUUAUAAGCAUAGAAAUAAAGACCAAGCCAAUACUUCUGACAUUUGCUCUGCUACUUGCUGUAUUUAUUAUAUGGACGCAUCUCAGUACUGUCAGCGUAGUCCUCCUGUAGAGCAUUCCGAUGUUGCUUUCUUUUUCCAUUAGUUGAAAAGAUUUUUUUUUUCCCUUGGAGGAAGGAAAUGAAACUUUGUGAGACCCCUGGGUGCCACUAUACCUUUUGAAGCACCCUGAUGUCUUAUUUCUCCACUUUGCUCUCUUCCUCCUCGUAUAACAUGAAGAACAUUAUGUAUUAGUCUGAUUUUUAAGGACCUUUGUGUAUGUUAUAUGUUAAGGAUUUAUUUAGUAUCCCACUGAGAUGUUCCGCACUGCAGACAAAAAUCUGCUUAUGUCAGCGGGGGUGGGACCAUUGCAUCCUUAGUCUUUGUCAUAAAGUAUGUGGAGUAGUAACUUAAAAUGUAAAGUUGUAACAUACAUAUGUUUAAAAUGAAACCAGGAAGCAGAAAGCUGUGAAAUGUCUUGUGUCUUACGUGCUCUGUAUUUAUGCUCCAGUGUGGGUCCCCGGACUCAUCCCGGCUACUUUGCAUCUGUAAUCCACUAAGAUGUCGGGCAGCUGCCACCUCCGUGUCUCCUCCGUGUUAUCACAGCCUGGUGGAAAUAAACUAUCCAGUAACAGAGCACACAGCCGGCUCCUGUCUUC